AUGAGAGAUUGCGGUUUAAUCCGACGUUAUGUCAGAUUUGAGAGGGUGCUGCCCCAUCCCUGUGCGCCGAAUUAUUGCGUGCGACAAACGUGGUUUAAACAGGUUCACACGGGCAAAAGUUAUUCUCGUUGCACGCCGCAGGCCGGGUUAUCUUCCACCCCGGAGUGCAAGCUUUCUCAACAGGGGUCCCUUCACGUUUGUUCUAAUAGUGAGGAACCCUUUCAGGAUGACAACUGGGCCCCCCCAGGACAUCAAGCGGUCCUUUCCGUUGUCUCCAGGGCACUUUCGUGUAGGGUAGACUGCCGUUGUUUCCUCGCGAGCCUCCGCUGUGCUCGGGACAUUGCAGCUGGGAUAGGGAAAGAAGCCCCCUCGUCUUGUUCCUCUUCUCCUUCUUUCCCUUCGGCCUCUCCGCGUGAAUUGUCGGGGCUUCCCUGGGGCCUAUGCUUGUCCCCAUCGCCGCGCCAAACCGUAGACAGCCUCAGCCGGUACCUUUUUCAGCAGGAACACAAACUGCAGGGUUUGCCAGCUAAGCAGGGUCUUCCUCUCUCAGGGAUGCCUAUCUACUCGACCACACGCCCAACCGCUGGGGAGAUGCCUGCGGUUAUCACAACGGCGGAGCAAAAUGGUGCAUAUGGGCGUAUUUUACAGCAGUGGGUCCUCACACCUCUCCGAGAUUGCGUGCAGUACUCUAUUCAGUAUGCCACUUUGCAGCCUCCGCCAGAUGCCGGGGGAAAGGGAGGCUUACCUAGCGAAGAUUGGUGCCAACAGGCUGUGGCCUCAGAGCACCUCUGGGAUGAGUCUGCAGCCGCCGCUUACCUUGUUGAGGUUCUUUCACACGACGUAUUUCGUAAAUCAUUGUAUCAAAAGGCGUGGAGGGAAGCAUCACGACGACACACCACGCUUUUGGCUCGAGUAGAUCUCUUGUUUGCUUCAUCUCAACUCGGAAAAGCUUUUUCCUCUACUUCUUUAUCAAGUGCUGUUGACACGGAAGCUGAACUGAUUUCUGAUAAUCUCAAUAUCAUAAAAGAAGAGUUGUUUGGGAUCCCACACAGUGUGGUUGAAGCUGCCGUACCGCAAAUUAUCACGCUCGAGAGGGCCUUCAGAGAUGGUGCGACGCAUAGGGGGCAGCGGAGCCCACUUGGUGACCUUCACUGCCACUCGCCCUCUCGAUACAUCACGCAACGAUCUAUGUAUGCAUUUUACACCAACUCCACUACUUUGACAUCCAAAUUGGGGAGGCCACCGACACACCUUCUCUUGUGUACACAACAACCAUUAACAGCCAAGCCGUCUAUGUCGGACGCUUGUAACAUGUUGUGGAUCUUACUUUAUGAGAUGGUGCAACUUCGGAUUCUGUGCGCGGUGCUCCUUCAAGUGGGUCUGCUGCUAUGGUGCGUGCAUCGCACCCAUCAAGGACGAGUCGAACUGGAAUCAGUAAAAAAUGCGGAAAAGGGUAACCCUUGUUGCAAGUCUUCUCUUUGUGUUUUAUCAACACCGAUAACCCCCCAUAGUGAGCCAAGAAACCACCUUUUGGAAAAUGUACUUUUGGAUGAAGUUGUCUGUGCUUGGAUGGCGGCAUCACUCGCAAGUACCAGUAUCGCAGACCUUCUCCAGCCACGUAUGGAUCGAUUAGCCUCAAAGUUUAGCCAGAAUGCUCUAGUAAUACCAUGGGUCCCCAAGGAAGAGGAACUUUUUGAAAUGGUCACCGAAGAUAAGACACAAAGGCCACCUGAGGCUCGCGGUGCCAUGACGAAAGUUUGUACUAAAAAUCCGAACUACAGCUCUGUGCAGGCGCUUUACAAAUAUAUCUCAUCGAGACUUAGAUCUAUUGAAUUAAAUCACGAAGCUCCUCAUACUCCCACUGAGCGCACAUAA